AUGUUCUUGUUGUAUUGGCUGCUGAUUGCGGCCCUUGGCUUUGUUCUCGGCUUUGUCCUCGACUACUUGUUUCUAAUCAAGUACCCCGACGAACUACCUACCAUCAGAUACAACCGUGGUCUUUGGUCUCACAUCAGAAGCAACGUUGGCUACUUCACCAGCCAAAAGGCAUGGAUCAGAGAGGGAUAUAACAAGUACAACAAGAAAGGCCUGCCAUUUCUCGCCCCAUCGGGCUUGUCACGGCCCCAUGACGUCGUGCUGCCUCGGUCCAUGCUCCCGUGGCUUCGUGAGCAGCCCGAAAGCGCCGUGGACGCCCGGAUGGCCCAUAUGGUCGGCGUCUACGGUGACUACAACUUUCUCGACUCGCAGAUUAUCCGGUCUCCGUUUGGCAUGAGGGCUAUCCAGAAAUCGCUGAACCGCAGCUUGCCAGGCCUCGUCUCCGCCGUGGAUGAAGAGGUCCAGCGCGCCGUGAACUCGGCCCUGAAGGACGUUGGCGACGACUGGACGAGCAUCAACCUCUGGGACAUGUGGCAGGCGAUUGUGCCAUCCGUGACCAACAGGAUGCUUGUCGGCCCUACUCUCUGCCGCGACAAGCAGUUUCUAGAGGCCAUGGUUGGUUUCACACACGUGGUCCUGCGAAACUGCGUCCUAUUACGCCUGUCGCCGUCCGUCCUGCACCCCGUGCUGGGCCGGCUGCUGGCCGUGUCGAACUGGAUCUACUGGCGACGCGCGUACAAAAGGGUCGGACCCGUCAUCACGACUCGGAUCGACAAGAUGCGCCGCAGAGCCAGGGGCGACCCGGAGCUGCGAGGCUGGUCCCCCCCCGAGGACUACAUCACCUGGCUCGUCGGCUUGGCCUUGGAAGAAGGCCGCGCCAGCGAGCUGGACCCGGUCGUCAUAUCGAAACGUCUGCUGCCCAUCGAGUUCGCGGCCAUCGACACGACCGUCCUCACGGGAGUCCUAUGGAUCCAGGACCUGCUCAAGACGCCAUCCGUCACCGACGACCUCACGGCCGAGCUGCGCGUCCAUCGGCCGGCCCCCGGCGAAUCUUGGUCGGCCAAGGCGCUGCAGUCGCUUGUCCAGGUAGACUCUUCUAUCCGCGAGUCGCAGCGCCUGAGCAACUUCCAUCUCACGCUCGUCGAGCGCGUCGUCGUCGCACCCGACGGCGUGUCCCUGCCCGGUGUUGGGUGGAAGCUGCCAAGGGGCGCCCACAUCACCGUCAACAUGGACAGCAGCCAUCACGACGAGGACAUGUACGACGACGCCCAAACGUACAAGGCGUUGCGCUUCUCGACGAUGCGCAAGGAGCGAGAUGGGAAUCCCGGCGCGACUGCCGACGCAGCAAAACCUCUGGGCAUGGUAUCGAUGAACGACCACCACUUUCCAUUUGGCCACGGAAAGCACGCAUGUCCGGGCCGCUUCUUUGUCGCGCACGAGAUGAAGCUCAUCGCCGCACACCUUCUGUUGAACUUUGAUCUGGAGGCGGCAGAUGACGCUCCUUCUAGUCCGGUAUGGAUCGGCGCCGGUAUGAUGCCACCAUUUAGAAGCCGCAUACGGGUAAGGAGAAAGUCGUCUUCUGCGGACUAG